GGGUGUGGCUCAACAAGUCACGAGGGGUGUAGCUGGCUAUUAUACAACUCUGCAAAAGCUAUGGCUCUAAUGCAUGAGAAAGUUCUAAUUGAUGGCUCUCCAGAGGCUUAUAAAGAAUGGGCAACUAGAUAUGAGGAAGAUUCAAUGCAGUUAGGCUAUUCGGGGCACAGAAGUGUUGUCAAAAAAUGGCAGGAAUACUAUGAUUGCAAGGAAAGCCUCAAUGGUUUCGUUUCUAAAAUCAUCCACAAAGUAUUUGAUGCUGGUUGUGGUACUGGCUUUAUAGGAGAUGAAUUUGCAAGCUUAACACCAUCACUUCAUAGCACAGUAGAGCUAUACGGGGGUGAUCUUAGUCCUGAUAUGCUUGCAAUAGCAGAAAAAAAGAAUAUUUACAAAGAACUACAAGUUGUCAACCUCAAAGAGAGACUUUUAUAUCCUGAUGAGAGUUUCACGAGCAUUCUCUGUGCUGGAGUUUUUGUUCAGGGGCACUCCGGAACAGAAUCUUUGAAAAAUAUAAUCAGGGUCCUCAAAAGAAACUGUUUCCUCAUUGCAACAAUACGUACGUCAUUCUAUGAAGAGAAUAAGGGAGCAUGGAUCAAAGAAAUCAAUGAUUGCAAUUGUCAAUUAGUAGAGGAGACACAGAUGCCUUAUCGUCAUGAUGUACAGGCAGUUGUCCUUGUAAUCAAGAAAUGCUAACUAUUAAUAAUUAGCCAGCUAAUGAUAUAGUAGCUACUUUUCCCUUUAUUAAAAUAUUUCUGUUAUCUAAAUAAGCAAAUCACACAGUUUAGAUUGCAUGCAUGUAGAUUCCAAGGAUUGUAUUUGUAUCAUUUUGUAUUAAUUGUACUGUUGUUGUACAGAAAGAUUACAGACCACACAUGAUGCAUGGUACGAGUACCAUCUAAUCCAAGCCUUUCACAACACCAAGGAUAGUAGUUAGCUUGCCAGUUUUGUA